AUGGCUCGGGAUGCAAAGAAGGGUGCGCCGAAGAAGCAGACUGAGAUGGAGAAGAUGGAGGCUGAGAUGAUCGCCAUGCGCGAGGACACGAACCUUGCCGGCGGCUCGCUGUUGCCGUGGAUUCAUUGGGUCGGCAUGCAGAUCAUGUCUAAAUCGUUUUACGGCCAGUUGUUCUGGGGAAUGGUCUUGUUAUUCCUGCUCUGCAGAUGGUGGUGGUCCAUCAUAGUGACGCUGAUCGCGGGGCUCCUCAGCUAUCUGGCAAGUUUCAAGAGGCCGCCACGGCCUGCGGGCAUACCUUCCGCACCCCUUAGCGUUGACGUGAUGCUGGGGCGCGCCAUCCAGGUAUCGACCGAUGUGCCUGGGCUGCAUAGCAAUAACAACGUGACCAUUACAACGUUUCGCGGCACGUACAUCCUGGCGUACCGGCAGUCGGACGUGCACUUCCCCUCCGGCAAGACGCGGCUCGUAUUAGCACAUUCCAAGGACCUGAACGAUUGGUCCGUCGAGUGGACAUACACGAACGGCUGCGACCUGCGGGAGAUGCUGCUCUUCGAGAUCCGAGGGAAGCUGAUGCUAUACUUCUUCUCCCUCAAGCCCGCGCACGGGCAGUUCAAGCCGCUCCACGUCUUCUACACGACGUCGGGCGACGGCCGCAAGUGGGCGGAGCCUCAGGAG